AUGACCACCGAUGAUAGGGAGUACCUCUCCCUGAAAGUCAUGCGGCUCUCGCAGCCGUCAUGGGAUCCUCAGUUAUGGCCACUUGUCGCUCUGAAUGGUAUUAACCAUGAAGACGGGGACUCCAGGCUGGCUACGGCUGAGGAGUCAAUAACCACAAAGUGGUUGGAGGGUGCCCACGCCCUCCUGCUGCCCAUAACACAGGGGCGGGUUUUCAGCGGAGAGGCGUUCUCGGCAUACAUCAAUAUUGCCAACCCGUCAACGACUCAAGCCAUCAACGUCAAAUUGAAGGUUGAGCUCUUGUUAGGAAGGUCGCGGUCUCUGCUCUUCGAUAAUUCCGAUGACCCAAUUCGAAGUCUGGAUCCUGAUGAUUCGUUUGAUUGCACUAUUGUGCACCACAUUCAAGAAUCAGGAACUUGCAUGCUCGUCUGCUCGAUAUCACACUACGUCGCCUCGUCCACAGAACCAAAAUCAUUUAAGAAGUCUUUCAAAUUUACAGCUCAAAGCCCAUUCAAGGUUACCCACAGCAUUAUGCACUUGCAAGACAAAGCGGUCGUUGAAUGCGUACUGCACAACGUUUCUCAGCAGUUUGUCUUCCUUAACGAGGCUUCUGUACUCUGCUCCGAGGGCUUAGAAUGCACGCGACUUGAUUGCGCCGCACCGUUAUCCGACUCGCUUUGCAAAGGGGUUUUCAACUUUCGGCCAAAAGACUGCUUCAGUGUACUGUUUGCAAUCUGUCCCGCAACUCCUCAGCUACGUUUAGAGGACAUAACAAAGGCAUCUGUCUUGCUGCAGCAUCUUUCAAGUUUGGGGCAGCUGAUGCUUCAGUGGCGGACGGCGUCAGGAGGAGUAGGGACGUUGAGUGACUAUCUUCUGACGAACGAGCCCACGCCAAUGCAGCCGCUCGAAGUCCGAUUAGCUUCAUUCCCGCCAUCUGUGCAGGUCGAUUGUCCAUUUACAAUCGAAUUGGAGAUCAUCAAUCGAAUGCAUACCACUUCAGACCUCGUGCUUUCCGUAAAAUUUAGGGAGCUCGAGCCAUUUGUUCUUGAGGGACCAAGCCAGCUGGCUCUUGGAUGCCUUGGCCCCCAGUCCUCAACCAAAUUCACCUUUGAAAUGCAGUGUCUCGAACCAGGAUUUCAUUCGAUAAGAGGCAUUCGGGUUUGCGAUUCUAAGAGUCAGCACAGUGUUGGCAUCAGUCCGCCAUGUCACAUCUUAGCCUUCUAG